ACUCCUUGCUUUUUACGAUUUUGCCCCCUCCAUGCCCCGACUCGCUAAAACCUCCCAAAUAUAGGAGGACCCGAAUCAAAAACCCUAGACCGGCUCGAUUCGUGCCAAAGCUGAGGGGGAGACAUGGGGGACGCUCAAAUGGAGGAAGGGGACAACACCCGAGAAAUCGAAGUGGCUCCUGCCUUAAUAGCCGUUGACCCUGCCCAGAGAUCGGUCGCUGUCGCUGUAGGAUCAGACCUCCGCGUCUACGAUCUCAUUGGAGAUUGUCCUGUCUCCUUGGUGGAUGAUUCCGCAAAGCCUUUCCAUUCAGAUUCGAUCAGAGCUAUUCGAUAUGAUGCGAGUGGGAAGCUUUUCGUAUCUGCUGGGGAUGACAAAUUAGUCAAGAUAUGGUCCACGGAUUCUUGGUUCUGCAUAAGCUCAGUGUGUUGUGAGAAGAGAGUAAGUGCUGUCGCAGUAAGCAAUGAUGGCCUAUUUGUGUGUUUUGCUGAUAAAUUUGGAGUUGUUUGGGUUGUGAGUUUAAAGGGGGAUGCUGAAAAUCAGGCUUUGGCUGAUAAAAAAGCAGCACCAAUGCUGGCUCACUAUUGCAGCAUCAUCACUAGCUUGGAAUUUUCUCCAGAUGGACGGUUCAUUGUUAGUGCUGAUCGGGAUUAUAAAAUUCGUGUUACUGUGGUUCCCAAGAAUCCAUUGGACGGGGCUCACGAGAUACAAACUUUUUGCCUGGGUCAUUCUGAAUAUGUCUCCUGCCUUGACUUCAUUCAUUCCCCAGAUUAUCCCCAUGGGCUUCUUAUUUCAGGAAGCGGUGAUUCCACUGUUCGCCUUUGGGAUGUGACAUUGGGUUCUCUAUUGGAUACUUGCGAAAUUGGAUCUAAGUUUGACAGAAGAUUUACUUUCUUCCUGAAGGCAGAACUUUCGGCUACUGAUGGAAUAGAAGAAGACCCCUGUCAUGCUGUCACAGAUCUUUGCACUUGUCCAAAUGGUACAUCUGUAGCAUUGGCAGUUCAGAGCUUGAAAGGUAUAAUGCUCUUGAACUGCAAUCUUUCUGCUAAAACUCUUUCUAUGGCCAAGGUGGUACUCGUCGAGGGAGAGACCUUAAUUCCGACAAGCUUGGGUACAAGCUUAUCUGAGGGUCUUCUGUGGAUGGUCACGGGUAUCUCUAAGCUACAAGGUUUCGACCAUUCCUCUUUGGCUCGGGUGAGGGCCGUGUCUUUUCCUGAGGACGACGGCCGGGAUGCAGAGCCGGUUUUGCUCCGCGACGACGAAAUCCCAGGAGGCCAGAAACUGCUCGAGAGGUUGCAAGGGAGCGUGUCGAUUGGGAACGACGUCUUCCUUGCGGCGUCCGAAGCUUUGAAAACCUCGAUGCGCAGCUUGUUGAUUAAGAAGCAAUACUCGGACGAAAAGCGGGAAUUCAGGAAGAGAACAAGAAAUGACAGGAAGCUAAAACAUUGAACAGUUUUAACUAGUGGUAGUUCCUUUAUCGUUUCUUUUUUCAUUUCUUUCAUAGAAGUUAUAAGCAACGAGCGAGCAAUUUCAUUUGUACUCGUGGCUGGUCAGUUCUGUUGCAGUUUGUUGUACUAAUAAAAAAGUAAAACUAUUUUUGACACGAGUAUAUAGUUAUUGACACUAGCUUUUU